GCGUUAAAAACAAGAGAAGAAGRAGAAGUAACGCUAAUUCUCUUCCGUGCCUUCUUCUUUGUUGCUUGUGGGACAUUUGGCGUUUGUUUUGAGCUUCAGUCUUUACAGCUAACGGUGUGUGGAGGAAUAUCCACAUUCACGGCAUCAUGAGUACAUUAUGGAUGGGCAAUCUGGAAACCUACAUGGAUGAGAAGUUCAUCACCAGGGCUUUCUCCACGAUGGGGGAGGACGUGGCGAACGUGCGCAUCAUUCGAAACAAGAUGACAGGAGGGGCUAUGGGUUACUGCUUCGUGGAGAUGCCCGAUGAGGCCACCGCUGAGAGGUGUCUACGCAAAAUCAAUGGGAAAUCUUUGCCAGGGGCCAGUCCGCCUACAAGAUUUAAGUUAAACCGAGCCACCUUUGGGAAGCAGGAAACUGGUCAGAUGUAUUCUUUGUUUGUGGGCGAUCUAACUCCAGACGUGGACGAUGGCAUGCUCUACGAGUUUUUUUACAACCGUUACCCGUCCUGUCGAGGUGGGAAAGUAGUGCUCGACAGCAUGGGCAACUCUAAGGGAUGUGGAUUUGUUCAGUUCCCAGAUGAGCGGCUUCAGAAGCGGGCUUUGGAUGAGUGUCAAGGUGCUGUAGGACUGGGGAGCAAACCUCUGAGGUUAAGUCUGGCUGCUAACAAUUUGAGGAACAAGCCCCCGCAGCAGCAGUCAGAAAGCAAACAGUCGUGGCAGUCCAACUCGGCGUACAAAUACGGCUACGACCAGUACCACCAGUACCAGCACCAGAGCUAUCCUGGCUAUUACUCCUCCUGGGGCUAUGAUCAGACUGGAGCGAUGUAUGGCUACAACUACCCACAAUAUGACUACUCCCAGUACACCCAACAACAGGAUGAAGCAGUUCCAGAGGAAGAACCAGUUGAAGAUCCAGGCCUGGAGGUGGACGUGCUGGAAGCCAACAGGAAGUUCAUGGAGCAGAGUGAGGACCUGUACGACGCCCUCAUAGAGUGUCAGUGGCAGCCUCCACAGGUCACUGCAGAACAAGAAUACAUGAUGUCCAUGUUGCCUGAGCCCAUCUACUGCUAAAAGACAUUUUCUUUGUCUCCCUUUUUUAAUUUUUUUAAAUACAUGUAAAGCUAUUUUCAUUGGAAUUUGUAAACUGGUUCAAGUUGAUCUAACAAGAGAUAUAAAUAUAUAAUAAACAUCAGUAAAUAUUUACUGGCAACACUUUGAUACAA